GUUCAGUUAAUUUGUCAUGCUCCCGAGCAAUUUUUUCAUUUAUGAAUAUAUUAUUAUAUUUUGUAACGCAUACCUACAAGAUAAUGCAACUUUCUACAACUGUUAUCGCAUUAAUCAUAAUGUAAUAAUUUUUAAUAACUAAUAACUACCACUUUCUGGACGUUAACAUUACACUGGUGGUGUAUGCAGAAUAGAUCUUAACGAUAACAAAAAUACAGAAACUAUACACGCCCACAGCGAAGUAAUCGAUUUAUCAGACAGACAUCGUCGUGCCGGUGGACAGGUGCUGUAGAAAUGGGAGACGGCGCCGAGUUAUCGGACCCACCGGAUGAGCAGUCACUGCAGCUGGAACGGCGUGACGACGACGGCGACGGCGGCGGCGGCGGCGGACAGCAGCGCAAUGACCGCUGCAGUGGUGAAGACAGCGGCGACGACUGUACGGGCGACGUGGUCGCCAUGGCGUGGUGCGACGAACGGCUACCGGCCACCGCGGCCAACGCAGCGGCCGCGGUCGUCGGUGUGGCCAUAGCGUGGUCGCUGCUGUACGUGAACGUUUCGCCGACACUGAUGGCCGUGCCCGGCGGCAGUCUGUCUUCCAUAUUCAUGCUGUACGUUACCGGCACGGUGGCCGGCUGGCUCAUCAACAAAAUCGUUGGCCUGCCCCCGCGGUUCGGCAUGCUGUUGGCCGGCAUCGCACUCCAGAACGCCGGUCUGUACACUGUCACCGGGUGGUGUUCACACCUGGUAACCUUUAUCAGAGAAGUCUCACUUGCCGUGACAUUGAUCAACGGAGGACUGGAGCUGGAUGCCAGUCAGUUGCAUCGCCUCAGCCGCGUCGUUGCCAAACUCACGUUGUUGCCUUGCAUAGCUGAAGCCGCCACUGCGGCCAUCGCCGCACAUAUCAUUUUGCCCGGCUACUCGUGGAAGUGGAGUCUGAUUCUCGGGUUCACGCUGUCUGCCGUUAGUCCAGCUAUAUUAGUGCCGGGCCUAUUCCAACUGAAACGUUUGGGCUAUGGUGAAGUAAAAGGUGUUAAUACUCUGUUGAUUGCCGCGUCAAGCCUGGAUAACAUUGUUUCCAUCUGCGCAUUUCGGAUAGUAUUAGGUGUCCUAUUUAUGACUAGUAGUGUGACCAGUAAGAUAAUUCAAGGGUUCAUUGAAAUAUCUAUAGGAACCGUGUUGGGAGUCAUAUGGGGUUUCUUUUUGAUAUUUGUGCCUUCAUCACCGUGGGCUAUGAUAUACAAAAAAUCAAAAAUCGAAAACACUAUCACUUCACGACGGUUGAACCGGUUGAUAACAGCUAAAAGAUCGUUCUUGCUGGGCGCUGGUGGAUUUUUGGCGAUGACCGGAAGCCGAUGGUGUAACUAUCCUGUAGCUGGUCCAUUGGCGUGUAUCACAUCGGCGUUCAUAGCUAGUACCGGUUGGAGGUGGAGAUUAAAAAUGCAAAAUCGAAAUAACUCAACGAUUUUAGCCGACGAAAAUUGCGAUGAAGAGGAUCAGGACCAAGAAAAACCGGUCGAAAAGGUUUUCGAAUACGUAUGGGGUGGUCUUCAGCCAUCCGUCUUUGCGUUUUUGGGCACUGACAUUAAAAUAUUCGAACUACUCAAACAUUUUGACACAGUUAUAGUUGGAUUACUUGUGCUCACGUUUGGAAUCACAGUUCGGAUGAUUGUCACUACGUGUUCGGUAUUGGGUACGGGAUUCAGUCGCAAGGAAAUCAUAUUCGUCAACAUUUCGUGGCUUCCCAAGGCUACCAUACAGGCUAUUCUAGCUCCAGUUGCAUUAAAUUUAGCGAAAGAAUUGGGUACACAGGAAGAUGUCGAAUGUGGAAAUCGACUGGUGACCAUUGCAGUGAUCUCCAUUUUGUUAACUGCACCUAUAGGGGCAAUUGGCAUAAAACUUUUUGGCCCUAGAUUAUUGCCCAGAGCCAAUUAAAUGAUGAAAGUAUAAAUACAGUGUGUUUGUAUUUUUAUUUUUAUUUUUUUAUUUUAUAGAAUUAUAUUAAUUGGAUUUAAUUAUUUUGAGA